AUUCAGUUCAGUCGUGCUUUCGAUUUCGUUCGGUUCGGUUCGCAAAAACUAAUCUCAUCUCUCCGGGUCCGGAGCAGUUUGAUUGCUGUCUGCUUCUGCUGCUGGCUGAGGGCAAGGGCACCGCAUACCUACAUCUCUGACACUGUGCAGUGGGAAAAAGCUGAGAAGAACAGGUUCCUCUGAACGGUGGUGCUGAUAGUGGCUCCACUAUCACCUUGAUUUGCAAGUCAGUGUCUCAAGUGUUGUGUCGCGCAAUUUCGCAAAAUAGCAGAAAGUUUGGUGACACUUUUGAGUCCCACGCGGAAAGAGGAAAGUGUCCUCCCGCUCAGUGUUGGUGAACCGAUUAAUUUGGGAGGUUUGAUUGUGCCCGACGCGGUUGGCUUGGCUGAUAAGUGGACACCAGUGUUGGUAAAUUUCCGCGACUGAAACAGUGUCCCAAACGACAGAAAGAAGUUGGUCAAAAUUUAUACAAAUUAGUUGUGAUCAUAAAUCAGCUGUUAGUGAAGUGGUAGAGCUGCAUGAUGUCAUCCAAUAACAGCGUUGACUUGCUAGAGGAUGGCGCCUUCGCCGCCAGCAAAAACAGUUGGAAUCGGUACUAUUCCAACAGCGUAGUCCAGCCUCUGCUAACUGAUCUUUACCAGAUAACGAUGGCCUACGCAUACUGGAAGUCGGGAAAAAUAGACGAUCAGGCCGUGUUUGAUUUGUUUUUCAGAACCAACCCUUUUAAUGGCGAAUUCACAAUCUUUGCCGGGUUAGAAGAGUGUCUGAAAUUCAUGGAAAGUUUCCACUAUUCGGAAACAGACAUAGAGUACCUUAAACAUGCUCUCCCACAGGGAAUUGAGGAGGAGUUUUUCGAAUAUCUCAGCCAGCUAACCGCAAAAGAUGUCACACUGUUCGCCCUAAAGGAGGGCUCGGUUGCAUUUCCCAGAGUCCCACUCAUCAAAGUGGCUGGUCCACUGAUUAUUGUGCAAUUACUGGAGACAACCCUGUUGACCUUAGUGAAUUACGCUAGCUUGAUGGCCACCAACGCGGCUCGGUAUCGCAUGGUUGCCGGGCGGCACAUCAACCUGCUCGAGUUCGGCCUCCGACGAGCGCAAGGGCCCGACGGAGGUCUUUCCGCAUCCAAGUACGCCUACAUCGGUGGAUUCGAUGGCACGUCCAACGUGUUGGCGGGCAAACUUUUCAACAUACCGGUGAAGGGUACCCACGCCCACGCGUACAUCACCUCCUUCACCGGCACCCAGGAGCUGAAGACACGUGUACUGGCGCACAAGGAAACCGGGGACAAACGCGACCUGCUGGAGCUGGCCGUCGAACACCGGGUGCUGCUGUCCAAGGUCCUGGACAUCUCGACGGACGAAUCGAGCGAGGGCGAACUGGCCGCGAUGGUUUCCUUUGCGAUUGCCUUCCCGAACGGUUUCAUGGCACUAGUCGACACGUACGAUGUUAAGAGUGAAAAGCACGACACAAAAAGUACGCUCCUAGGCGACAACGGUUGCCUGCUAGAUAUGUCCAAUUGUGACCCGUGUUGUCCCCUGAUCGGUUUCGACUCUAGCCAGACGACGAUGAUGACGACACCGACCGUAUUGACUACAGACGAUCCGGACGCCGACACUGCCCCGGCCGACGAAGAUCCGGCCGAGGCACAGCAAACCGAAUUGAACGAAUCGGAAGAGCGGGAAGACUCUGGUGGGCCAGUCGAUAGUAGUACUUGUUAUUAUUGUUCCGGUGGAAUGGCGCGUGUUAACGACUAUUGUGAGAACGGUAAUCUCCAGCAGGGCGAUGAUACUAAUGAUGAUGCUAGUGCUACCGAUCCACCAGAGGCGGACACCGAAAAUGCCCACCAAGGGUUAACCAACGGCAAUGGGCUGAUGUCCUCGGAGAUGAAUGGCGACGACGGAGGCGAGGACGAUGGGAUGACGCCGCCGCCCAUGUGUGCCAACUGCGAGGCCAACGCACGCAACGCCAGGGGCUGCGUCAUCCGUCAUCUCAAGUCUGUCGGAAAGUGCUUCAGGAGCGGCUUGCUGAAUUUCUGCGCAGUGGCACUGGCGCUCAACGAUCAGGGCUACCGAGCGGUGGGUAUCCGCAUCGAUUCCGGAGAUCUGGCGUAUCUCAGCUGCCUGGCGAGGGAAACCUUCGAACGGAUAAGCGAGCAGUUCAAGCUGCCCUGGUUCAGUAAGCUGACUAUCGUUGCAUCCAACGACAUCAACGAGGAAACUAUACUGAGCUUGAACGAGCAAGGUCACAAAAUUGAUUGCUUUGGAAUUGGAACCCAUUUGGUCACAUGUCAACGACAGCCGGCGCUCGGCUGCGUCUACAAAAUGGUCGAGAUCAAUGCGCAGCCGCGCAUCAAGCUGAGCCAGGACGUGGUCAAGGUGACGAUGCCGGGUAACAAGAACGUGUUCCGUCUGUACGGCGCCGACGGGCAUGCCCUGAUCGAUCUGCUUCAGCGGGUGGACGAGAGUCCACCGGAAGUCGGCCAGAAGGUGCUCUGUCGUCAUCCAUUCCAGGAAUCGAAGCGAGCCUACGUCAUUCCGACGCACGUCGAAGCCCUGUACGAUGUGUACUGGGCGGACGGGCGAGUGACGCAGGCGAUGCCCUCGCUGGAGGAGGUACGCGACCGUGUGCAGAACUCGCUCAAAACGCUCCGGCAGGAUCACAAGCGUACGCUGAACCCCACACCGUACAAGGUUGCCGUGAGUGACAAUUUGUACAACUUUAUCCAUGACCUCUGGUUACAGAAUGCUCCGAUCGGGGAACUGUCAUGAUAAGCUGGUACGUUACCUCGGGGACCAUCGGUGCAUAUAUCCUCUUUUAGUCAUUCUGAGUAUGCGGUACACAUAAUUUGUAUUUGAGGAUGCCAUUGUUAUGCAUCGCAUUCCGGUUCUGAAUGCGACACGUUUUAGAGAUCAAACUUCCCGAGCUUGGACAAAUCCGAAAACCAUCCAACUGUGUGAUUGUGAAGCCCAUAUGGAAGCAAAAUUUUAAAAAUUUGUUGGAAUUGUAAAAGUGAAACAAAAAAAACAGUUACUCUAUGCACAAGCCUAGUGUUUAACAAAAAGAACAACAUCUUUGUAUUUAUAAGCAGAUAAUAGUUGCAGGCAGGCUAACAAGAGCUCAUAAAAACGGUGGCUGUUGUUUUGGUAUAGUGUUCAGUACAGUUUAGAAAUCGGAGAUAAAAGAUAACGGAUAUUUCUGAAUGGAAGCUUAUUUUUAGAAAUGAAGCAUUGUGUAAUUCAAUACUAUCCACAUAAAUACUGAAACAAAUUUAGAUCAUUCCGAAACUGUAGCAAGCUGUCUAACCCAUCCUUUUUUGAGCGCAAAGGCAGCCAUCGUAAACAGAAAGUACAACAGAGUUUAAGUGUAGUGUUAUUUUUGAUUGUUGUAAUCGUGUAGGAUUCAGUUUUUAUAAGGUUUUAAUCCAGUGUUAUUUAUUUACUAAAACUUACAAAUCACGCGAGUAGUUACAAGCCAUUGUACGUAACAAAGCCCCAUAUUUAAAACGUUUCACUUACUUCAGCAUAAAACACAACGCAAUGUGCCUUAGACAGGGUUCACCAGAUUCAAAGCCAUAAACACUAAUCCAAAUAUAUUAGCUCCCAAAAGAUCUGUUACCUACAUUUCAUACUGCUUGUUUACCUUUGUUUUUCAAUUCUGAGAAAUAAGCUUUCAUUUUAGCCUAUAACACACUUUCUCUACGUUCCACCACUUAUUUAUUUUUAUUUUCAAUAGAUAUUUUUUAGAUUUUGACAAAAAUUAAACGUUAUCUCAAACUUUUUUGCAAUGGAACGAACUAUUGUAGAAAAUAGUUGAUCUUGAAAAAUAUAUAACCCACAAUAACAAGAAAAUACAACCAGAUUCUUGUUAAUAGAGUACCAUGUUGGAAAAUAAACCAGAAGAAUAAUAAAGAGGUUGAUACUUACAUGCA